AUACAAACAAUCCCGUUAACACAGCUGUCACAACACAAUCAGCUGGUGUUUACAUCGUGGCUCCCCGUUACACAAAGUUGCACAAUCCCCGAGCACGAUGACGGACAAAAAGAAGGUUGAUUUCGACGCCCUCCAGGCGGAUUCGCCACCGGCACGGUCGUUGACCCUGUUUGGGCGCGACCUGAGCCAGAUGCCCUGCUUUCGGAACAGCUUCCUGUACGGCAUCAGCUUGGGCAUGGCGGUAGGCUUUCUGGCCUUUAUGAAGACGUCUCGGCCGCAGAUGUCCACCCACAUUGGGUUCGGGACGUUCGUGGGCACGACGCUGUGCUAUUGGUUUCCGUGCCGAUACAACUGGUCCAAGCAGCAACGCGAAGCGGACAUGCUGCAGCAUUUAAUGCAACAGCAAGCAAUGUACGAGGGUUCGGCAAAGGAGCGCGAACUGGACCAGAAGGCGGAACGAGCCUAGUUUGUGUUAAAAAUUGUAGAUUUUCUUUUAAUAUACUUUAAUUAGGCAAAAGUUGA